CACACGGAGCUGCCCGCCGCGGGGAGCUCCGCUCUCGCUGCUGCUCCCAGCCCACUUCGCUGCAGGGUGCUCGCUCGGUAAACCCGAGCUCGCUGCUACGUGAACAGCCCCGACCGCCAUUUUUGACACGCCCGCAGCCGCAGCGACUUGGGGUAAAGCGAUGGGGGACUUACCCCGGGCGAGCUCCUCAAUGCCGCUCUGCGGCAGCCCUGCCUGCAGCUCUCGCUCUGGGCUGGAGACGAAGCCGAGAAAUCGUUAUGGCUGCAGCUUCUAUCGCCAAUAUUGUUAAGAGUUCUCUUGGUCCAGUUGGUUUGGAUAAAAUGUUGGUGGAUGAUAUUGGUGAUGUGACCAUUACUAAUGAUGGUGCAACAAUUCUGAAGCUGCUAGAGGUAGAACAUCCUGCUGCAAAAGUUCUUUGUGAGCUGGCAGAACUGCAAGACAAAGAAGUUGGCGAUGGGACCACUUCAGUGGUAAUUAUUGCUGCUGAACUUCUGAAAAAUGCAGAUGAACUGGUUAAGCAGAAAAUUCAUCCUACCUCUGUUAUUGGUGGCUACCGUCUUGCUUGCAAGGAGGCAGUUCGAUAUAUCAAUGAAAAUCUUAUUAUUAACACAGAUGAACUUGGCCGAGAGUGCCUUAUUAAUGCAGCUAAAACAUCGAUGUCCUCCAAAAUAAUAGGAAUUGAUGGUGAUUUUUUUGCCAACAUGGUGGUGGAUGCUGUGCUUGCAGUUAAAUUCACAGAUCAAAAGGGUCAAGCCAAAUAUCCAAUCAGUUCCAUUAAUGUUUUGAAGGCACAUGGCCGUAGCCAGAAAGAGAGUAUUCUUGUAAGCGGUUAUGCUCUGAACUGUGUGGUAGGCUCACAAGGUAUGACCAAAAGGAUAGUUAAUGCAAAGAUUGCCUGUCUUGACUUCAGUCUGCAGAAAACAAAAAUGAAGCUUGGUGUUCAGGUGGUGAUCACAGAUCCAGAGAAACUGGACCAGAUUAGACAGAGAGAGUCAGAUAUCACUAAAGAGAGGAUUCAGAAGAUUUUGGCCACGGGUGCCAAUGUUAUUCUAACCACUGGUGGCAUUGAUGAUAUGUGUCUAAAAUAUUUUGUGGAUGCUGGUGCUAUGGCAGUACGCAGAGUUUUAAAAAAGGACCUUAAACGCAUUGCUAAAGCAUCAGGAGCCACCAUUUGUUCGACUCUGGCUAAUCUGGAAGGUGAAGAAAGCUUUGAGGCAACAUUGCUGGGACAAGCGGAAGAGGUGGUUCAGGAGAGAAUUUGUGAUGAUGAACUGAUUUUAAUCAAGAAUACCAAGGCUCGUACUUCUGCAUCAAUAAUUUUACGAGGAGCCAAUGAUUUCAUGUGUGAUGAAAUGGAGAGAUCCUUACAUGAUGCUCUGUGUGUAGUUAAAAGAGUAUUGGAGUCCAAGUCAGUGGUACCAGGUGGUGGUGCAGUAGAAGCAGCACUUUCAAUAUAUCUUGAAAAUUAUGCUACUAGCAUGGGAUCACGUGAACAACUUGCUAUUGCAGAAUUUGCAAGGUCUCUCUUAAUUAUUCCAAAUACCUUAGCAGUAAAUGCUGCCCAGGAUGCCAUAGAUCUUGUUGCAAAGUUGAGAGCAUUUCACAAUGAAGCUCAAGUUAACCCAGAACGCAAAAAUCUGAAAUGGAUUGGUCUUGAUUUAAUCAAUGGGAAACCUCGUGAUAACAAACAAGCUGGUGUGUUUGAGCCUACUAUAGUCAAAAUAAAGAGCUUGAAAUUUGCCACAGAAGCUGCCAUUACUAUUCUUCGAAUUGAUGAUCUUAUUAAGUUGCAUCCUGAAAGCAAAGAUGAUAGAGGCGGGUGUUAUGAAGACGCUGUUCGAUCUGGAGCACUUGAGAAUUAGUCUGAC